ACCGUUCAAGAUAGUGGCGGCGCUCGCCAACGAUUGGGAUUGUGUCCGCUCAAGUGCGCGGCGAUUGCGUACAUAACAGUUCUGCAGUGUUAUUCGUAUCCGAUUGAUGCAGUUCAACUGCAAUAAAUAUUAUUAUUAUAAAUAAUUAUUGUAUACAGUUUUCGUUUUGCCAGCCAAGCAACACUCGUGACAAUAAUAAAAUUACAACGAUACAUAUAAUAUAUUGAUGUACCACUUUAAUCGCGCCUUGUCAGUAUCGCGAUAUACAUGCGUAUUUUGUUUAUCCUAAACGCGUAAAUACUGACGUCGUUUUUUUUGCCCAUCAUCACAGGCUCUGUACUACCGUCGUCGGUGACGCAUCGUUAUUGUUAUUAUUAUAUUGUUAUAUGCGCGACAUGUAUUCAUCGCGAUUAUUGUCAUAGAUUUGUCGACGGCGACAGAAAUAAAUAACAUUACAAAACGAAAAUAAACAACAAUUAUAUAGACAUCAACAGGUGUAUCAAGUCGGUAUCCUGCGUUAAAAACGCCUGUCGUCAACGACGCCACCGCAGUUUUCAACGAAAAAACAAUAAAUUAUUCCUAGCCAAACGGUGUUCACGUGUGUACACGAACUGACAUAAUCAUAAGCGCACUGCCGUCUGCCACUACUGCAGGACGUGCAGGACUGUAGCCAUAUCGCGGGACCCGAAUUACGGCCAGGAACGGCGGCGGCGGCGGUCGAGAUGCGCGCGAGGCUUGUGACGACGGCGGCCGUGACGCGGCAGUAGUUGAGUCCGGCGCGUUGAGGGGUAGGGGGGCGCGCGCGCUGCGAUUAGAAUACGACACGGCCGCGGGACACGCGGUGGCGCGGCGAUGACGCGGCCACGUCGGCGGUCAAAGGUCGAGACGAUAACGCCGGCUGCGGUGCACCCGACAGCAGCGGCAGAACAGAGCCGAAAGCCGUCGCGGGACCUCAAACGCGAUACGACAGUCGUAAACGAAACGGUUCACGCGUAGCCGAAACGCAAGUACGCGACCCGCCGACGAUAACGAAAAUUAAAGUCGCAACAUCUGUGGUGAAAAAAUAUCGGCGCCAAACAAUUGUACAAACACCGUCGGGUGGCGGGAGGGCGCGGCGUAGGGCACUCCGCCGCCGGUGCCGGUUCGUCAGCGACGCGCAGCGGCAGAUCCGAUGCGUCUGGCGCCGACGCCGUCGCCGCUCGUCAACUACGCCGUCUGCUGCAACUUAACCGCCGCGUCGUGUUCUCGUCACGCCGACCGCAGCCGCAACCGUAGCCGCCGACGCCGACGGACACGCGACGACAACGCACUGCCGCCAUGAAACUCCGUGACCGCGUGGUGGUCGGCUUCUGCCUGUCGCUGGUCCUGGUCACCGUGCUGUUCGUGGUCGACAUGCAGAACGAGAACGCCCGCCGGCUGUCCGUGGCCGACGGCGGCGGCGACGCCGCCGCUUCGCACUUUCACGGCCGGUCCGACCGGUCUCGGGACGCCGACGACGCGCAGUCCGCCUGGAACGCGGCCGCGUCGUUUGUCGCGUCCACGCUGAUGCCGUCCGUUCGGCCGCAACAGCCGCAACCGGCCCGAUCAGGCGCGCCGCAACCGUAUCCGCGAGCAGCCGACGGACGUCCGAAGACCGCCGUACCCGACCUGUACGCCGACGACCGGUUCGCUGAUCUCACCGAGCGCCUGUCCCGGUCGUCCGAAUUGCAAAGGCACCGCGGCUACGUACUCGACUGGACGGCUGUCCGGGACGUGAUCGUCGACGACACCGACGAAGACGGCACCAUCAGCAACGAAUACGUCGUCGAGUACUUGGAAGACGGUUUGCGUCCAAACACGACAGCAUUAACUAUAUUCCAUUCAAGAAUAUCAAAAAGAGAAAUGUAUCCUAAGAACGACACGUAUGUGCCAUUAAUUUUAAAAAACAUGUCUGUUUCGCCUAUUUUAAGUGUAGCCCAAAAAGAAGGAGGUACACAACUCAAGCUUGUUAUUGAGUAUUUAAACGGAGACAAAGCUCUUAUGAAACCGAUGAGGUUCACCAGAGAACAACAGACUCUGCCGAAUCAUUUUUACUUCACCGACUACGAAAGGCACAAUGCCGAAAUUGCUGCGUUUCAUCUCGACAGGAUAUUGGGGUUUCGGAGAGCAAUGCCGGUCAGUGGCAGAUUGGUGAACAUCACAUCUGAACUGAUGGCCCAGGUGACUGCGUCCGAUUUGUUAAAAACAUUCUUCGUGUCACCGGACAAAAAUGUGUGCUUUCACGGACAGUGUUCCUAUUACUGUGACACGUCACAUGCCAUUUGCGGAAAUCCGGACAUGUUGGAGGGCUCGUUUGCCGCGUACUUGCCAUCCCAAGAGGUUUUGGAGAGAAAGACGUGGAGGCAUCCGUGGAGGCGCAGCUACCACAAGCGGAGGAAGGCCAAAUGGGAAACAGAUCCAAAUUAUUGUGAAUUAGUCAGAAACGUACCAGCGUACAAUAGCGGUCGCCGGAUGUUGGACAUUAUGGACUUGUCCGUAUUUGACUUCCUCAUGGGCAACAUGGACCGUCAUCAUUACGAAACGUUUACCCUGUUCGGCAACGAUUCGUUUCCUAUUCACCUCGACCAUGGUCGGGCGUUUGGCAAGGCGUUCCACGACGAGAUUAGUAUAUUGGCUCCAAUCAUACAGUGCUGUCAUAUACGAAAAUCUACGUUAGAGACUUUGCUCAGGUUUCACAACGUCAAAAAACUCAGUGAACACAUGAGGGAAUCCAUGGCUGACGACCCGCUGUCUCCCGUACUUUGGGAACCGCAUUUGACGGCCAUCGACCGGCGUGUGGGACUCAUUUUGCAGAAAGUCCGCGAAUGUCUGUCAGUGAGCACGAUGAGCGGCGAGGACGCUGCCGAAGAAACGCAUGUCCGGACCGCUGCAAAUGCCACGUUUGACGUUGACACGGGCGAUCUGGGACAGGAAGUCAAAUACACGGCCCAUUCCAGGGAUCUAACGUAAGACUGAUGAUUGUUGUUUUUUUCGGUUCUGAACCGGCUCCGUUUGUGUUCGCUACCGGACAGAUCGACUCGACGCGCGUCGAACUUGAUUAUAAUUGAUUUUAUAUUGUAUGUUUUAUGGGCCAAGUCUGUCCGGUUUACUUGCCAUCUUGAGGAUCUAUCCGAGUUGGAUGCCACGCGGUCCAUCGGUAUCAUAUACAUACUGUUACUUAUCGAUUUAAAAUUUAAAAUUUUAGAAGUCAAUUUGUAGGUUAAAUGAAAAAAAAAAUCAAAAUUGAUAUUUUUUUAAGUCGCAAGUUCACAUAUUUUUCUAUUAACUAUUACAAGAAUUUGU